AUGGGUAUUCAGAUUUGCACCGAUCCAACGACGAACGCGAAUGGGUUAUCAUCAUCCAUGUCGAGGUUGGACAUAGAAGCGAGCGGAGUGAUUGCGCCGCGACGCAAAAGAAGGGCUUCGCUGAACACGAUUGAUGAUCCUAGCUCGUUUCAUCAAAGCUUCGAAUCGCAUAGGGUCGACGGUUUCCAUGUGGACCAUCAGGAAGAACAUGGGAUACCGGCCGGGAAACGACAACAUUUAUCGGACGAUGACGAGGAGUCCGAAUCCGAUCUUUCUGACGAUAACAUUCCUAAACUCUCUGUCCCUCCGGAGCUAUUCUAUCAACCGUCUCUUUCGAACCUGCUCUUCGAUGCUUCGGUAUUCAAUGCAUAUCGAGAAAGAAGGGUUGCACGACAGUUACUCGCACGAUGGCGAGAACGAACACGCCAUAGACAGCAAUUUGUUCAGGCUAUAUAUCAAGUCGCCCUCAAUCGAGACAGGGCGACCCUCCUUCAACAAGCACUUGACGAGUGGCGAUCUAGUUUGGAAAAAAAGCGGCAAAAAGCUCAUACAGAACGAUUUUUCAAACAUCUGGAAGCACGAGCCGCCCGCGCGCGAGAUCUAUACUUACUAACUAAAGCAUUUACUCAUUGGGCGCAGGUUGCUUCUGAUGAGGUUGAAAAGACUAAUGCAGCACGGCGCCAUAUUCUCGGUAUCAAAUACUUCAAUGCUUGGAGGGAGGUAACCGCAGUAAAUGAGCUUAAGAUUCAGCGCUUUGCUGUAAAAAGGCCAUUUGUUUUGCUGAGACUGCGGCUCGAAAAAAUCAGAAACGACGAGGUUAUGGCAGAUGAGUUGUACCAUGCUAAUUUGGUGAAGCGCAUGUAUUGGACAUGGUUUUGGUCAUUCUGUUACCGCAUGGCACCUCAGCGGGCAGAUCACCGAGUAAAACAGCGAUCAUUGAUAUCUUGGCUUCGGGCGUUCAGAAACCACAGAGAACGCGACAAUGAGGUCGACUCCAAACGCAAGCAAGCCUUGCUCAGCUCCGUACUACAAAAAUGGUGUCAGAAAGCCCGUUCGGUUUCCAUAGCCCAACAAGAUGCGGACAAUUGGCGACUAGAACAUCUGAUGAGAAACAAUUUCACCGAAUGGCGCAUUCAACAUAACCUUGGAACAGCUUCUGCCAGGGUAACAACCAUGAUGAACACUAGAAUCAUGCGUUUCUCUUUUGACAUGUGGGCCUACAAAGCUUAUAUAGAGCGGCUCGCACGAGAUGCGGACCGUCAAAGAGUCAUCCACAAUGCCUGGACAGCGUGGAACGACAGGUUGCGCUGCCGUGCCCUGACGAGGCGGAUUGACGGGCGUAUUAUUAUGCAAUCGCUCUAUAAAUGGGUCUUAAUGGAACGACUUCGCUUUAUGACUCGGAUUAGAGAUCGGAGACUGAAACGAACGAUGUUGACAAAAUUAAUGGAUAAUUCUAGUGAUUUGUAUACCCGAUUAUUGCGUCGAGGGGAGGAAUUUCGCCAUCACAGGAAGCAAGAGUUUGCCCGGACUAUAUUUCAUCACUGGCGGGAGAAGCUUGCUAUUCAAGGGCAGCGGGAGCGCAUCGCGUUGGCUUUUUAUGCGCCUCGUGUUGAACAUGAGGCUCUGGUUAGAUGGAAUGAACGUCGAAGUCUAUACAUCAAACUGGAGACUUGGGCGAAAAACGCGCGCUAUUUCUUCCUGAUGACCAAAGCACUCAAAAAAUGGCGGGCAAUUACCCAACAGACGGCUAAGAAGCGGAAACAAGAUGCUUACUCUAUGAUUAGACGAAAGGUGAAAAUAAAUCUGGUGUCAGACGCGCUGUCUAUUUGGCGAGCUCGUCGUGCAGCUGUUGCAGAUUUAGACCAACAAGCCACGGAGGUGUAUAAACAAAAGCUGAUCAAAAAGGCAACUGUUCUGUUCGAGCACUGGCACUCUGAGACCGUGAACCGUUUUAAACAGAUAUCCGAUGCAGAUAUUUUUUACAACCGCCAGUUGACAUACGAUCACCUUAGCCAUUGGGCGACUUCGUAUAGACUAUACCAGUCGCAAGAGGAAAAUGCUGCGCGGUUUCUGGAUCUACACGUCGCUUCCGUAGCGCUCAGCCAGCUCAAAAAGCUCAGCUUGCGGGUGUUCCAGGUCAGGACUGAUUAUGAAAAGGCUGAGGCGGCGAAUGACCGUAUUUUGCGAAAACACCUUCGAAAUAUGUUAUAUCACUGGAUCGAGAAGACAAGAGCUUUGCAUGUGGCUAAGGACAGUGCUACAGCACAAUUUACCACUCCCAGGCCGCAUUAUGACUUGCAACACUAUGAAGAACCGGAUGAAUGGCGAAAUCCAGAGUCAACACUCCGAAUCAGUGAUCUUGGUCCGGAAAUUGAUCUUACGUCUCACACCCCAGUGCCUGGAUAUUUGACAAGUCCCUCUAAACGGGCUGCACGAGCGCGCUCCUUGCAUCAGAUAUCCACCACCCCAGCGACACCUGCAAUAACGCCGUUCGCUGUCAGAUUACUGGCCGCAAGGGACUCUCCCCGAUCACUUCCGGGGCGCAGAACUCUUUACGCACGGAGUCCCCUGGCAACGAACGUGCGUUUUGCGAUAGAAGAAGAGUCAGAGCCGGAGUCACCGACUGAAGGCAGGUCGACAAACAGCCGCAGGCCAACCUAG